AUGUCCAACAGAAUAACAAAAUCAAAGAGCCCUCAAUUAAAUAACUAAUACAAAAUUGAUAAAGAUCUAAUGAAAUAUCACAUUUUAUAAAAGAUCAACAAACCAUAAGUUCCAGAGAAAUAAAUAAUUAAAACUUAACCUGAUGAAGAAUAAGAACCUGAGGAUUUUAAACAAGAGAUUGAAUUUAAGUACUUACAAAAUCAUUUGGUAGAUAUAAGAAUUGCCAAAUUAAUCAUACAUUUAUAUUCCCUAAAGAAGAUUAUGAAUCAUCAUCUGAUAAUUCUCUUUAAUCUCUUAAAGAUACUACAGUUUAUAAUCUUAAUUGCAACAAUAUAGAGCGUUUGACUGAUGCCACAUCUCCUUAUUUUAUGAAGGCUUUAAAUGAAAAGUUAUUAAGAUUAGCCGAAUCUAUUGAAGAUGAUUAUUCCUAAUAAAAUACUAUACAAAAAUUCAAUACAACCAAUCCAAAAUAGACAAAGUUCUUAUUUUUAUAUAUAAAUAGCUAAUAGAAAUCUCAUUGUUAAAAUUAAUCAAGUACAUCUAUAGGAAGACUCAUAGAUAAUUAUAUUAUUAAUAUGAAUACAAUGAAUUAGAAUGCUAAUCAAAAUAGAGAUAGUGUAACUCAUAAAACAUAAAAAAAUUAAUAUUUUAGAGCUACUCCAACAUUAUCAUCUGAAAAAAAGAAAUAAUCUAAAAAGAUAUUACAAAUCUUAAAAAUUGCUUAAUAACGCAAAAUCAAUAAUUCUACUAAUAAGUAUAUAAAAUGUAAAUAAUUAUAGUAAUGCUUUCAAUAAAAGAACUACUUAAAUUAAUAGUUACUCUUUUAAUAAUACACAUAAUAUAUUUUUGAAUGGAAAAAGAAAUGGUGAAAAUAUGAGAAUUAAAACAGAAUCAGAUGAUUUUGAAGGAAGUUUGUAAAAGUUUCAAAUUAUUCCAAAAUCAAGGUAAGCUUCUGAUUAUUAAAUAAAAGAUCUAAAGUUAGAGAACAUGUAACAAAAUUCAAGAAGCUUGAAAGUUCGUAGGAAUAUAAAAUACUUAAUUAUACUAUGGAUAAUCAUUUAUUAGAAUAAUUAGGUGUUGGAAGAAAUGCUAAGAGUUAAAAUAGAAGUUAUAAGGUUUGA